CAUUUAAAAAACUUUGUACAGUAUUAAACACAAUAUCAGCAACCUUAACAGUUAUGAUUGUUCAUGAAUUCAUUCUGCAAUCUACUUUUGACACUUCAUCAACAUGAUGUAACAUAACCAGCUGUUUCAUCAACGAUGCAUUAAAAGUGCUAUUGGAUCACUAUGAUUGUGUGAGAUUGCUGACAUACUUCUAGUAGCUUAUAUAGUAUGUCACCGUCAGCACCGAGUCAACUAUUUUAGUCUCGGUUUCUGAGAUUUGUUUGACCAGGAUCCCUUGUGAUAUCUUACACUAUGCUUUGGCCACAAGCCCUUGUACUUCUUUGUUCUGCUGUAUUUUGUGUCACCCAGGAUUUUGCUCCAGUGCCGUGUACCUGUGGAUUAUUCCCGACAGACUAUUUCGACUAUAGCAGCCGUAAGCAACCUGUCAGUAAACCAGGUCUGUCCUUUGUGCUCGACCACCCCCACGCCCAACCAUGCUCCCUCGACGACCUUCAGUGUGCUGACAAGUGUAUCAAAGAGAUUCUUGUACUCCUACCCAACAGUACCAACAACAACAUAAUCUGUCGUAACAUUGACCGAGACUGUUUUAAAGAACGGGGAUAUUUUUGGAUCAAGAACUGCAGGGAUGUCUGGGCAUAUACCGCGAGGUAUACUCUAAGGGAGUUUUGCUGCAAGAACGGCGCAUCCUACGAGUGUCCUGAUGACGACUCAUACGAAAGUUAUUCAUUAUAUCAUUAAUAAAUAUGUGUUUAAUUU